GGAGGGGAGCACAGAAUUUGAUCCAGGACAGGGAACCAUGGGCGAGGACGAGGGGGUAGAGUAUCGGUGCUGCAGCAGCAGCAGCAGCAGCGGCGGCGUGGAGGUGCGUGCUCGAGCAAGCGAGCGAGAGCGAGAGCGAGUGGUGGAAUUAGCGAGGGGCGAGUGGGAAAGGGCCUCCUCCUGCCACCACUUCGCUCGCUCGGAGAAGAGUUCCGGUAGUGCCAGCAGCAGCAGCAGCAGCGUUCGUAUGGACCAGCCCCAGAGGCUGUAGCAGAGGAGAGCAGCAGCGAGGAGAGAAGAGAGAAGAGAGAGAGAGAGAGGGGGGAAGGAGGGAAACGCAGGCAGGCAGGGGCAGCGGCAGGGGCAGGAAGAGGCAGGACGAGCUUGAAGGGGAGGGGGAGGGGGGAGGGAAAGGAAAGCGUGGGGAAAGGGAAGGGAAGAAGGACGAGAGAGAGAGGGAGAGGGAGAGGGAGGGAAGGGAGGGAAGGAAAAAGGAAAGGAAAGGAAAGGAAAGGGAGCCCGGGCGAGUUUGAGGAGGUUCGAAGGAGCAGCAGAGCAGCAGGAGAGCAGGAGAGGGAAUCAAAUGAGGGAGUGGGGAAAGCGGGGCCGCCGAGGUUGGAGAGCUUGGAAGCGAAGCGAGAAAUGAGCAACAUUUGCGGGGAAUUGGGGCACCGACGGAGGAAUGCGUGAGAUGGGAUGAAGGCAGGCACGCGACGGAGGUUUUGGCCGAGUGAGUGAGGGUUGAGGAGCGCGGCGACGUGUGGGGAUUGGGUUCUUGAAGGUGGGGGGCACUGGGGGCGAAGGGCAGCAAGCGAGGCAUGAUGGAUGCCGAGGGCGAAAUGGAUGCGGGCGGGGACGACCAAGCUGCUGCAGCAGCGCCCCUGCAGGCGAAGGGCGACGAUGGGUGCUUGAAGGGAGUGAUCGGCGCGGAGUUUGCGGAGGGUCGGGACAGGUGGGAUGUCAAUCCGCCGAGGAGGGUUGUAGGGCUGAGCGACUCGGCCGUCGCGGUCGAGCUCAACGCGCAGGGCGGCGUGUCGAUCUCGACAGGUGAUUAUUCGCAUAUCGAGGAUCAUGAGAUGGACGUGGUUCUGAUGAAUGGGUCAAUUGAUGACACCUCUGCUGCUGCACAGGGCUUUGUGAACGAGGGCUCGAAUCUGCCGAAAGAGGCGAGUGAACUGGGAGCUCUCGGUAGGUAUGUGAUGGAAUGCUCUCCAGGUAGAGAUGAGUUUGUCGUGAACGAAGUUGAUUGCUUGAAAAAUGAGCAUUUAGAGGUGUUUGAAGCUGACAAUGAAUUUGGGUUCGAAGCACGAGCCGACAGCGAAUCAGCCGACUUCGAGCACUUCGUCCGGGCGGAGGAGGCCUACGAGGCGGCCCAUGCCCCCGGUUCCAUUGACGAAGGUGAGGGUUUACAGUUUCAACAACUCCUUGCUGAUUCUGAAGUCGAGGAUAACCCCGACCUCUCGCAAUACAAUGAUGUAGACUUGCCUGAAGCUGCUGCUAGCUCCAGGGUCUCGUUGGAACCGGACGAGAGCUUAUUCUACGGGCAGGUUUUCGAGGGCCCAGGUCGAGAAAACACGGCUCAUCUGUCCAUGGAGUUGGAGAAGGGCUUGCACUGCAGACAAGUCGUCGGGCGUAAUCAGGUGGUCUGUACUUCUGAUUACGUCGUCGACGCCGAUGGAGGUCCCCAUUAUGAAACAGGCAAUUACAGCCAAAGCCUGCUGUGCGACAUGGAAGGCGCAGGUGCUCCCAAAUUUGAAGAAGCCGUCGCAGCUCACGGAGAGGGUAUGCCUGCAUCGCCAGUCCCUGAUGAACCCAAGCCCGACCUUGUCAUAAAUACUGCAGACGACAUGGUGUCUUUGUGUCAGGAAGUCGCCAUUUUAUCAGAACCCGAUGAAAAUUUUGACCAUAGGGUUACGUCCCAAGAACAAGUUGGCGCAGGAGGUGAAGCCGCUGACACACUUGAUCGUGUGGUCGUUUGUCCUGAAUAUGCUCCCGGGGAACGGCGUGUCGACAUGAGUUUGGCUUCUGCAGAAGUCGAGGGAGUGCUGCAAGCCGACAGGGAUUUUUCAGGCGAUAGUUCACACAGAGCGGGCACGGUCGAAGAAGCUAUGGUUCAUGAAGCUGAAACAUACCGACGUGCAAAUUGUCACGGUGAUAAUGACGUACCGCAGGGGACUUAUUUGAUAGGUAACCCAGAUAAUUCUGUAGAUUCUGAAGGACGCUCCAAAGAUGCUGAGAUUGUCGAGCAAUUUGCCAAGUACCGCCACUACACUGACGGUGAGACCUGCUGCGAGGUUUACAGUCCUCUCGACACCGAACACCCUGAUAACAGGUAUCCGGGUACAGCAUCCGAGGCCGAGAAAGGGCAAGUUCUGACGCAAGGCUACGACGAAUCCAUGUCAAGUCAUGAUCAGUCAGCGCCACUUGAUCUAGAAGCUUGUGAAAGCUCAGGAAUGGACAUGGACCAGGCAGAAGUCAUGAGAGUUGAUGAGUCAAGCGCUGCACUCUUAGCAGCCGGAAACGAGCACGAAUUAGUGGCUAUGGUAACGGAGUCGCUGAACUCUGAUGUCGGGUACGAUGAACGAAUUGGGGAAGAUAUUGUCGAGCAUGUAUCCGAAGUAAGUGAUCUCAUCGUACCCGCUUACGGUGAACCCAGGUCGGAGACUUGCCAUGUUGAGGUAGGAGGUGAAGGCAUAUUGCCUGACCGUGUGCAAACUUCCAAGAGUUUCGAGGCUCAAAUUAUUGAGAGUUCCGACGGCAGUGGGUUGAACGCAAAGGGGAACGGUCGAGAAGAAAGUUCGAAAGAGGUAGCGAGCAAAGGCGGCGUAUAUAACAGGGUUUCUGAAGAUGUUCAACAUCUCGAUUCGAGUUCCCAAAUAGUCGAAGGUACACGAGGAGGGCCUGUUACUGAUAGUUCCGUCCAAAGCAAUGAGGUUCUCAGAUCCCAUGAACAGGGCGCCAUGUUGAUGGUGGAAGAUAAGGUUCUCCCGAGCAAAAUAGAACUCGAGCAGGUUGAAGCCAGUGGGAGCAUUAAAAACCUCCCGAUUCAGCUCCGAACAAGUGAGGUUGCGUCCGGUGUCCACCAAAUAAAGCCAAGUGCAGAAAUAGCAGAACCUUCCGGAAAUCGCAAGGCAAGAGAUGAUUCAAAAUCGAAAUCUCCACAACCAGAGGCCGUCGGCGUGCCCUUGUGGGUGAAGUGGAGGGGAAAGUGGCAGCCCGGAAUUCAAUGCUGCACAAUCGAUUGUCCUCCUGCGACUUUAAAAGCGAAGCCCAGCUACAGCAAGAAACACUACAUCGUCGUAUAUUCUCCCACCGCCAGAAAUUACUCGUGGGUAGAUAUCCAACACACGUGCUCCAUAUCUGAGGAUCCCGUGCCUCUCUUCAGCGGCACACAUGAAAGUGGACGGGAUACUGUGAAGGAUGUGUUCAUAACACGUAAGAGAAUGCUGUUAAAACUCGGAGGAGAGAUGCUUGAUAUUAGCGAUCGGCUCCACGUAAAGGCUGUCGUGGAAAGCUCACGGAAUGUCAACGUCUGGAAGAGUUUCGCCACAGAAGCAGCUGCGGCAACAACCUAUGCCCAACUGGGGACUCUUCUCGUCAGUCUCCAUCUUGCCAUUGUUCGUGAAUAUAUCAAACCAACUUGGAUGAUGAAGCGGCAUGGGCUUUGGAAAGAGGAGUGUGUGAGAGCAGAGAGUGCCGCAACGGUGCAGAAACUUACGAAGGAGUUGAUCAAUGCAGUGUUGUGGGAUGAUGUGGGACCACUUUGGAACGAGCCUGACCAGCCAGAGCUUGACCCUCAGUGGUCGAACUGGAAAGGGGAGGCUUUUGAAGAGAAGGAAGAGCCUGAUACUGAUACAGAUCCCAAGUCUGCCGGACCUUGCGAGAAGGAUGCUGGUCAAGGGAAAAACUCCUCCGCUGGUAGCUCCAAGCGAUUUAAGGAGCAAGCAAGGGCACGGCGGCAGAGGCCACAUUCUUCCGAAGGCUUAGAAAGUACCCCGCAAAAGCGCUCUAAACACAAUCCACGUAGCUCGGAAGGGGGUACGGUUGGGCGAGCGAUAACAGCGUUUCGUUCACCUCUUGUCCAUCCCACUGGAUUGUUACAAAACCAACCAUGUGUACCUGUCUUAGAGGCGGACCGCUGCCACGAAGUGAUAUCAGGCGAUACUUUAGCAAAUUUGAAUGGACAAUUGGCCCUCACAAUUACUGAAGCUAAUACAGAGCCACUAGCUAGUGGUGAUUUGUCCUUGCAAGUUGCUGGCUCCAGUGCUGGCUAUUUUUCCGACAGCUCAGAAGGGGAUGAAUCGAAAGUUUUUGAGAGGAUUGGUAAAAGUGCUGCAGCUAGUAUGGCUGAGGGAUUAAUUGCUCUGGAGAGUGGACUAUGCUCAGCGUACUUGAAAAAUAAGGGUCGGCGUUGUAAUCGUUUUUCAAAGAAAGAAGGAGUGAAGUAUUGUGAUAAGCACAUGUACCUUAUUGAUCCAGAAAGCGUCGGGAAGAAGGUAGCUAUCGAAGGGAAUAUAGCAUGGCAGAGUGGUUUAUGUUCGGCUUUUCUAAGAAGAGAGAACAGACGAUGCGCUCGACAGGCUAAAGAGGGCUUCAAUGGUUAUUGUGGGUUUCACGUCCAUUUAGGGACAACUGUUAGUGAUAGGAAUGGAGACGAUGCAGAUUCACUUCAAAGGGAAGAUGGUGGCGGCGGCAAUUCAGUUUUCUCUUCUGUGAAGGAAGACCGAUGUCAAGGCAUCACAACUCGCGGUGUACAAUGCACGCAUAGAACUAAGGAUGGUUCUUUGUUCUGCGUCAAACACUCCUUGAAAGGUGCAACUCAGACUGAGAAAGAUGAAAGCAAGGGACAGACCUCUGGAGCCUCUAAAAUGGACUGGCAGAAGGGGACGGAACCGGCGGUAAGCGUAGGAACUCAAGGACAGGCGGAUAACAUAGAUGCCCAACAUGAAGUUGCCUCUGAACCAGGCUCACAGGAAGGUGGAAUUGUACGCACUCUGGAGUUGAAGUCUUUUGAGCAUAGCAGGGGAAGUGGUGAAGGUUCCACUCGGAAGCGAAAAGCAUUGUCCAGCUUCUUCACAGAUAGGGCAGUAGGAGAUACAAAGUCGUCAGCAACACCUAGCCAAGAAGCUCUCUCUCCUAAGUUUACCGAUGGUAGGGCAAAUCAGUGGACACAAUGCAAAGGUCGUACUACGAGGAACGAGGAGCAGUGUUCCUUUAGAGCUAGAGAAGGCCACGAAUAUUGCUCAAAGCAUCUUAACGCCAUGGAGGCCAAGAAAAAGAUUAUUCUUCAACGAAAGAAAGAUGAGGCAAAUAAUACAGAAACGAAAGGUUCUAGCAGUGUCCCUGGAGCCAGAAAUUUAUUUCACAGGUUUUUGAAAGGCGCUGGAUCAGUAUGCUCGCAGGGCUCGAGUGUAGAAGCAGGGAAUCAGCUCGUGCUCUCAACCCGACUUGAAGCUGCCAAGGAUGGUACGGCGGAGGAAUUAAUCAAGUUAGUUACCGUAGAGAUGACAAAGCUCCAGAUGUUCCUUGAUCCAGUCGACAUAAGUGAAGGAAAGAAAAGUGAUGGGAACUCCGGGCCGGUCUUUGUUGCUUCUUCCUCCUCUCAACCUCUCCGGAAUGUCCUUGAUGGUCCAGUUUUAGAUCGGCAGCCAUCUAUCCUGGCAGGUGUUUUAGCUGAUGAUCGCAUACUCGACGACAUGCCUCUCACUUGUGGUCUUUGUGACGCCGAAUUCCCUGCAGUUUCUGACCUUGGGAGGCACUGGCAGCUUGUUCAUAAGAAGGAAAUCAGCCUUUUUGUCAAAGGUCAUGCCUGUCGAGUCUGUGAUCGCCUGUAUACAAGGAAGCAGACGGUCAUGACCCAUUGGAAGAAGAGGCAUCAGUCAAUCGAAAUGAAUAAUCCUGACCUGUCAGUGUGUUUCGCUUGCGACUUGCGGUUCAACGAGGAUGAUGAUCUGCUGAAUCAUGUCAUCGGUGGGCACCCUUAUCAGCUCAGCAGUCCAUCCCUGAAAGAAAUGAUUGCACAGAAUAGAGCCAUAAUAGGUGCCGAACAGGAAGGUACAGAGUCCCUGAAAUGCCCAGAUUGCCUGGAAGAAUUUGAUACACAUUUGGGUCUCUAUCAACACCGUGAGAGAUUUCACAACCCACUGGAACUUGAAGGCAACGGUGUCAAAUUCUCCCAUUUAGGAGACUUCAAGCCUGGGGAAAGCAAUGAAUUUGGAACUCAUUCGAAUGGGAAGUAUGUGUGUCGACUGUGUGGGAUGAAUUUCCCAAUGUUACCUGACCUGGGACGUCAUCAUCAAGCGGCGCAUAUGUUGUGUACUAAGGUAGAGAAGCCAGUUCCGCCUCGAGGAAACUUGUCGAGCAAGAAGGAAGCGGCAUCUGAAUCUGGUCGUAUGAAACUACCAAUACGAAGAAAAGCUGAGGACAAAUCUGCAGCCUCUGAACCUAGUUUUGGACCAGCUCGAAGGAAGAGGAAAAAGCUGAGAUUUACACCUGGCUCUAAGAAGUCUCUUGAAAAAGACACGAAGGGACCGGAUUCUCUUCGUUUACAUGUACAGGCCGUUCUACAAGGUGCGACCCUCAGGAAGCGACACAAGAAGCAGUUGGGCGAAUUUAGUUUGGAUCCAAUUGGAAAGGACUUAUCGUCCUUGACGAAAGUUGAUUUCACCUUACCUCGUGAUAGUGUAUCUAACUCCAACAGCUCAUCUCCCAACGAUAUUGGUUUUUCUUUGACUCGCACCACACCCAAUACACUAUCCCUAACCAAACGUGUCGAGACUAAUUUUGAGUCUGUUCAAGAGAAGUUCAAGCUUCAAGCAGAUAAAAUCUUCACUGAUUUUUCACAACUUCACGGCGAGACAAGUGUAAAACAUGAGUCCCUAGGUGAUGGACCUUUGUAUUCAAACGACUCAGGAAAGCCCAGUUUGAGCAAAUUAUCAAUCAAGCAAGAUCAUGACCUGGAAGUUUUGAAAGACAUCAAAACCGAAAGAUCCAAAUUACCUUUGAUAUCGUCCACUAGUUCCCAAGAAAGAUUGACAUUUUCCGAUAACUCCAAGAAAAGGCCAAAGUUCAUUGUAACCUGCGAGGAUUUGAGUGGCGGCCAGGAGCCAGUCCCAAUUGUCUGCGUCAUUGAUCAUGAUGUGCUCGUUCAGAUUAGAGGCUUUACCAACAAGGAAAGCAGUGGGAAGAAUGUAUAUCAACCCAGUACUUUCACGUACAUCACCAAGCGAAGAUUAGACCCUUCUUUGGGUUUAGUCCCCGAGAAUUACAAAAUUGGUUGCAACUGUGGCAAAGCGCAGUGCACACCAGAUGCAUGUGAGCACGUGAAUCUCUUUGACUGCGAUAAUGCAGAAGCAUGUGAUAUAUAUGCCAAACCAAUGCGUGGACGAUUUCCUUAUGACGAUCAAGGUUGUAUCAUUCUUGAGGAAGGCUAUCUGGUGUACGAAUGUAACUCUAGCUGUCCAUGCCAACAGACUUGUCACAACCGAGUUUUACAAAAGGGUGUCACCGUAAAGUUGGAAGUGUUUAAAACUCACUAUAAGGGUUGGGCCGUGAGAGCAGCACAGAAGAUCAUAAGGGGGACCUUUGUAUGUGAAUAUAUCGGCGAAGUUCUUCAUGACCAAGAGGCAAACAAGAGAGGAGAGAGGUACGAUCAAGUGGGUUGUAGUUAUUUAUACGACAUUGAUGCACAUCUGGAUAUAUCUGGAACAGGAAGACGAUCCAAGCCCUUCGUUAUUGAUGCAACAAGUCAGGGAAAUGUUGCAAGGUUUAUAAAUCACAGUUGUGCACCAAAUCUGGUGAAUUAUCAAGUUCUUGUGGAGAGCAUGGAUGCUCAGCUAGCCCACAUUGGGCUUUUUGCAAGCCGAGAUAUUGAAAUUGGGGAAGAACUAGCCUAUGAUUAUAGGUAUAGAUUACUCCCUGGCAAGGGUUGCCCUUGCCACUGUGGUGCUAAAAAUUGCCGAGGGAGAUUGUAUUGAGUCAGGCAGAUCAGUGCUAGCAAUGAUUGUUAGCAACAUUGAAACGUUGCCGCAGUGAUUGUUAUAGUAGUCAUCUGGCGAGAGAUAUCGCUUGUUUAAUAUGCAUUCAAUAUACCCGAGAACAAACCUUUGAAGAGGGUGUGCAAUAUUUUAGAGAAUGCACUGAACAAGUGAAGUCUUCUUUUAGUUUGGGCACCCCUACUUGUAAAGUCUAGUCUGAUGCCCUUGUACAUGCUGCUGAUUGAUAUACUGGGACUGGGGGUUCCUCUAAUUAGGCUUAUUGUGACACAAACUUCUCUCUCCAUUAAGUGGAUGAGAAUCAAACUAUCCUGUCUCAAAUACGGUAUUUUUGAGUUUUCAGACGAUCUGAUGAUGUUUAUGGUGAUAUCCAGCAAUCAGUGUGACAGGAUUAGUGAUCAAGGCCUUUGAUCAUGUUAUAUAAUCAAAUUGUGAUCAAAGAUCAUAAAUU